AUGUCGACCGACCUCUCGUCUCCGAGCACUAAAUCCACCACGAGUUAUCGACCCCUAACGACCUACUCCCGCCGGUCCAAUCGCCGGUCUCAUCCUUCCCAGUCCACGUCCAACUCCUUCAACGAUCCCACGGCAUUGGCUUCAAACGACUCAUCACCCCCAUCCGUCAUGAACCCAUACGAUUCCGAAGACAAUACGAUCUCAGAGACCGAACGCCGAUUGAAAAAGCGGGCAAGGCACUCUCAGUCGCAGUCGCAUUCGCAGUCCGUCUAUGUCGACGUCCCCACUCUGAGUCACAGUCGUAGUCGCGAGCUUGUGGACCAACGCCAGAACCAGUCUCAUGCACGGAACGCCACGAACGGGACUAAUGCGACCUCUACCUUCGCUUCGGGUACGCUUGCCGGAGAAUCGGCUAUGACGAACAACACGACCGUUGACCUAGAGGGAUCGGGGCACGCUUCUAAGCGGUUUAAGAUGCCUCCUCAGCCUGUGUCCGCGUCUACCUCUCUCUCUGUUUCUCAAUCUCGCACAUACAAAACGCAUAUAUCUACCUCUACCGCCAAUUCCCCUACCAACAACACCAUCUCCUCAGGACUAGUGUCCUUCCCUCUGAUGCAUCACUCUUCUUAUCCUGCCCAAGACCAACCGCAAGAUAUCGAUUUCAGCCAAUUCAAAACCCCCGCAAACGCGGAAUCGCUCUCUCCCGUUCAACCUCCGCCUAUCGAUCCGAACCGGGGCAGAGAUCGGGACGGCAGAGCUCAUGCUCGUCCUCGAAACAGCCAACGCGAUAUCGAAGGCCACGACCCGGUCUCGAGAUCGCAGUCCCGACAUGGUGGCGGUGGACGGCGAACUGGAGGUGCGGGGGCAGGAGGGGAUAUGAACGCAUUCUCUCCCGUUCCUGUUCAACGUGUGCGCCAGAAAGACGUGAACGUAAACCGAAAUCGUCAACAGGAAGCUCCCGACGGUCCUGGAUCCGGACAGUUCAAAGUUCCUGCCCUCCCACAAUCGAAACCGCAAUCUCAGCCUCAAUCCCGUUCACAAUCCAAAUCACGUCGUAUCUCGUCUCGUAGGCUCAAGGAGAACGCUACCGCCACCGCCACAAAUACCGCUACUUCGACUUCGUUCCGUCGUGGUCAAGGUCAAGGUCAAAUUCUGGGUGAAGGUCUCAGUCGUAGUGGACGCGCCACACCCGCACUCGGAUUCCCCCUCGCGUCGCCGUACCAGACUAAACCUUCGUCGCCUACCCAACCUUCCCUUGCUCCCGCUCCUGUGAGGAAAUCUCUCGGAAGUCCAGGUGAGAUAGUCGGACUGGGUGGAGGGGGUGGUGGUGGCGGUGAUGAAGCGAGUAUGGUGAGGAAUCGAGGCUCGGGGAAGAAGAAGCCCGCGUUUUAUACGAAGACGAGGACGAUGUCGGAUGCGAAGGUGUACGACGAGCACUUGAGGGCGGACAGGGACCAGGAUGGAUUCGUGUUGCCGGUGGGACGUGCACUUCCACAGCGGCCUAGGGCUUCGAGGAACGUGACUGGCGUUGGUGAUGGUAGCGGUGCCGGUGAGGGAGGAAGCGGUGGCGGGGGAUCAUUCGGUGCGGCGGCGUUACGCGAAUACGCAUAUUCCCAGAGCGUCAUUCAUUCGCCUACGCGUCGGGAUGAAGACCUUCCGUUACAGUAUGAAGGACCGGGAAUUACCCUCAAGUCUUCCAGGUUCAAGUCCAACGGCAAACCUCCUGCUACGCGCCUGCCGUCCAGUCGCAAUGUUCACGACCAGCCUUCUCAUUCCAAUGCGCCUCCUCAUCUUCAUCCUGGACAGAUGCAGGAAGAGGGCUUGCCCGCUUCAGCGCCUGGUCCGGUCCCGGGGAUGCUCGACCUUUCGCAGAUAUCGAGCGAACAAUGGCAUAAACCCGCCAAAGUCUUUUCUCUCGCAAAAACACAGUCCCAAUCCCAUUCCUUGUCACUGUCGAGGCGGCGAGGCAGCGGCGACGAUGAAAUCAACCUAGACGAAUUGUUGUAUCCGCCGAAUGAGACGCCGCCGGUAUUCGAGGUUGGGUAUGGCUAUGGUGGUGGAUUUGGGUACGGGCAUGGGUAUGGAUAUGGGCUUCAGGAUGAUGGUGAUGGAGAUGGCGAAUACGAGGUUCCUCAGGUAUCAGAACGGUCGCUCGAGUCGAGGGAGGCGUCCAUGCAUCUCGAAGGAGAUGAGGAGGCGGAAUUCGGGGGGGCGAUGAGGUAUAAGGCUGGGUGGUUGAAUCUUGAGCCUGAUGAGGAGGAUGGAGGGGUAGACGAUGAAGAUGGAGAGGAGUCGAUGGAUUUGACCCUCCAGGCUCUCGAUUCGAUUCGUCAUCCUGGCGGUAGUCGUUCUCGAAGCCAAGACGAAGUCGGACUCGGGCUUGGGUUUGGUCUUGACCCGGGCGCGGAUGUCGAGAUGGGCGCGGGUGCGGGGUGGUUGAUGGGUAGUGCAUAUGGGACGGGUAAUACCCUGGAGAUUGGUGGCGGGGAAGAGCAGUCGAUGUCGAUGGAGGCAACGAGUUUCAGAGGGCCACCGAGCACGCCACCGAGGUCAACGAGAUCGAGUUCGUUCUUUGCAGAUGUUCCCAUGGGGACGAGCACGCCGUUUAGGAGGAAGCAGAGAGAACUGAUGGAGAGGAGUAGGGAGGAAGGCGGUUUGAGAGGGGCAGGAGGAGGAAAGGGAAAGCAGAGAGCGGAAGUCGCUCCUUCUGCGCCGAAUACGCCUGAUCGCAUGGUUGCCGGGAGUGGUGGCGAGAGUAUGGAGAUUGAGAUGGAGGACGAAGAAAACGAGCCGAUGACGCUGGAUUCGCUGUUUGAUAGUGGCGUGCCCACGACGUGGAAGGGAUUCAGGCUUGGAAGGGAGGAUGAGCAAGGGGAGAGGAAGAAGAAGACGAAGAAGGUGAUGCAUUAUACGCCGAACAGUAUCUUUUCGUCCAGCUUUGCGGAUGCGACGGAAGCUACCGAGUAUACGACCGCGCGCCGUGGUCAAGGGGGUGCUGCUUCCGGUUGGCCACCUGGGACGUUGAGGCGUGGGCUUGGAUCUGGGUUUGCGCUAGGGAAGGACUCGUUAUUUGACGAUUACGAGGACGAAGAGGACGAGGAUGAGGAUGAGGAGGACGAAGAGGAGGGUUUGAGUGGCAAAAUGAGGAAAGUCUCCGUUUCCAACCGUGCCGACCGCGCACCUCCCAACCGCACCCAUUCCCUUCCCAUCCCAAUCCCCUCCGGCCUCGCCGCUCCUUUCCCAAUCGGUGCCACCGCCACAACGCCCCCGUACCAGAUCUCGAAACGUAGCCAAGCUCAAGACAAUCUGGGUGGACAAUCUAGAAAGACUGUGGGCAGGAACAGGGCAGGAACGAUCAAGGCGAGCGAUUAUGACUUCCGGUCCGCGUCAGCGCCGAACCAGCAGAAUAUGAAGUUCUCGGUCUCUGUGGGCGGGGGUGCCCUGGUAGGUGAUGACAACACGGAGGACGAGGAAGAGGGAGGAAGGGAGUAUGUUAAUGCGGCUACCAAGGUCCCUGGCGGGAGAGCAAGGUCCGGGACGAUUAGGGCUUCGGCGGUCAAUCCUGGUGCGGGCGGUGGCGCUGGAGCUGGUGGUGGACGAGCGAGGUCGGGGACUAUCAGGGCUUCUUCGUUCAGUGCUGAGACUUGGAAUCGACCGCCUGUUCCUCCGAUGCCGACUGUGGCACGGACGAACACAGGUGGCGGUCGUGAGGUCGAGGCGGGGAUAGCGCCUGAGGAGCAGGAGAUGGUGAUGAAUAUGGACAUGGACAUGGAGCCGGAGGGAUUCGCCCAGAAUACGACUGCUGGGAUCGGGAAAGAUAGUGGGACGAGUCUGCAGAGGGAAAUGGAGAUGGACGCCGCGAGAGCAGGUUCUUCCUCCCCAGAUCCUAUCGACUUCCUACGACUUCGAGGCGGUCAUUCGUCCGGUGAGGAUGACAUGAACAUGGACGACGAUCCUGCGUUUGCUGUAGUUCCCGUUGCGGAUCUGGAUGAGGAUGAGAGGAAAGAGUUGAGGAGAAAGAGGACGUGGAGUCGGAAGAUACCGUUCAAGGUGAGGAGGAGGUUGAAUGUCGUUGAGAGCAUGAAUAUUGGGGUUGGAAAUUUGGAAGGCGAUGAGUUGCUUCUGGAUGGCAGGGGUGGGAUGUUGGAUUAG